AUGGCCAACCCCAGAAUCGAGGAGCUUCCUGAUGAGGAGACUCAGCGACCUACCGUCGAGGAGCUGGAGGACAGUAGCGACGAUUCCGAUGCUGAGGAUGGCGAGGCCAGCCUGCCCGCUGGCUCUACCGCUGUGAUCCACAACCGCAACGAAAAGAAGGCUCGCAAGGCCAUUGAGAAGUUGCACCUUACCCGUGUUCCCGGCAUCACCCGUGUCACUCUUCGACGCCCCAAGAACAUCCUCUUCGUCAUCAACAACCCCGAGGUUUACAAGUCCCCCAACAGCAACACCUACAUUGUUUUCGGCGAGGCUAAGAUUGAGGAUGUGAAUGCCACCGCUCAGCAGGCCGCUGCCGCUCAGAUGGCCGCUGCUAAUGCCGAGGCCGAGCACGCUGGCCACAACCACGGCGAGCCCAGCAAGGCUGUCGAGUCUGGUGAUGCUAAAAAGGAUGACGACGAUGACGACGGUGAAGAGGUCGAUGCCGAAGGUCUUGAGGAUAAGGACAUUGAGCUUGUCAUGACCCAGGCCAAUGUCAGUCGCAAGAAGGCGAUAAAGGCACUGAAAGAGAAUGAUAAUGAUAUUGUCAACUCGAUCAUGGCCUUGAGUAUCUAA